AUGGAUACUCGCACGUUCGUCUCCGACUCCCUCCUGCAGUUUACAGGCGCAUCAGAUCCUACAAUCGUCGACUUCGUGAUCGCCACCGCAAACGACGCCAAAUCCACAGGCGAACUACGAGAUAAAUUGAUACCUUUCCUGGAAGGCGGCGACGAUCAUGGAAUCGACAAUUUUUGCGCCGAUCUCUACGGGCGUGUUGGUCCUGGUGGUGGAAGUGCAAAAUCGAAAUCGCAUGCUAUAACCGAAUCAUCAUCGAAGAAGCAGAAAUACAGAUUAGUGGAGAUGGAGGAUGAGAAUGUGUCGUCCAUGGGUCCGCCGAGCGUGGAGUCGUCAGAGAAACGAAGGCGAGACAAACGGAAGGACGAGUCGAGGUCGAAACGUUCCGCGCGCAAUCGCUGGGAAAGUGAUGAAGACGAUCAUGCGCAUGAACGCAAUCGACGUGAUAAUGAUCUCAGUAGCGACAGCAAGAGUAGGAAAAGAGAACGGAGUCAAGGAGAGGCCGACAGCCGAGAUCGGAAUCGAAGGUCGCGCAAACUACGCAGACGAGAUGAUGACGAUUUCGAGGAUCGCUGGGGUGACGAGGAAGUUUUAUCUGAGGAAGAGGAACAUAUCGAUGAACAGGCGGACGGAGAGCCUGCGUCUCCUCGGUCAGUCGCAUCGUCAUCUGCUGGUUUGGAUGAAGAAGCCAAGGCAGAACGAGAUCGGCUUCGCGAUAUAAAGGAACGAGACGAAUUCGCCAAACGACUUGCCGAAAAGGAAGAUUCUAAGUCGAAGAAAAAAGUUGUUGAGGAUCGUACUCGGCGAGCUGGUGAUAGUAGUCGGCGUGCUCUGGCUGAUGAUGCUGACGCCAGAGGUGCGGCAAUGCCUGAUCUUCGAUUACGAUCUCGACAGGAGUACUUGAAGAAGCGAGAAAUGGAGCGGAUAGCUCUGCUCAGGAGGCAGGUUGCGGAAGAAGCGAUUGAGCUGCGCGAAAAUCCCGAUCUUAGUCGGCGAGAAAAGGAAGAGUUUGCUAGAAAUCGCGAGGUGCUUCGGAUUGCCGAGGAACGACUUCGUAUUGAUGAUCAUCGCGAUGGGUAUAUGAUGCCCGAGGAUUAUAUUACAGAGAAAGGAAAGAUAGACCGGAAGAAGAAAGAGGAAGCUCUUUACAAACGAUACGUUGACCGCGACGAGCAAGGCCACGAACGAUUUAUCACGGAGCAAGAAGAAUGGGAACGUGAGCAGACAGCUAAAGCGAAAGCACAGAUCUCACGGGCAGAGUUUGUUGAUGAGGGAGAUUAUGAAUAUGUAUUUGAUGAUGCGCAGAAAAUCAACUUUAUCAUGGAUUCUAGGCUUGAGGGCGACCAGAAACCUUUGACCAAGGAACAGCGGAUGUUACAGCAACAACUGGAUGCGGCAGAAAAGAAAGCGGCGUCUAUUGAAGAAACUCGAAAAAGUCUGCCUGUAUACCAGUUCCGCGACGAGAUCAUUCAAGCAAUCCAUGAUCAUCAAGUUUUGAUUAUCGUUGGAGAGACGGGAAGUGGUAAAACGACACAAAUCCCACAAUUUGUCCACGAGGCUGGAUAUACGAAGAAUGGCAUGAAAAUUGGAUGUACGCAACCCCGACGAGUGGCUGCUAUGAGCGUCGCUGCUCGCGUGGCUGAGGAAAUGGGGGUGAAGUUAGGCAAUGAAGUUGGCUAUGCAAUUCGAUUUGAAGACAAGACCAGCGACAAGACUAUUCUUAAAUACAUGACGGAUGGUAUGUUGUUACGAGAGCUGCUGACAGAGCCCGACUUGGGUGGUUAUUCGUGUCUUAUUAUUGAUGAAGCGCACGAACGUGGUGUUAGUACAGACUUGGCGAUUGCAUUGCUGAAGGAUAUUGCCAAAGCAAGGCCAGAUCUGAAGUUACUUAUCUCGUCUGCCACGAUGGAUGCGCAGAAGUUUCAGAAGUACUUUGACGACGCGCCCAUCUUCAAUAUUCCCGGUCGCCGAUAUCCAGUCGAUAUUCAUUACACUUCUCAACCGGAAGCUAAUUAUCUUGCAGCUGCUAUUACGACCGUCUUUCAGAUCCAUAUCACCCAAGGCCCGGGAGACAUUUUGGUUUUCUUGACUGGACAGGAAGAAAUCGAGGCAGCGGAACAGAGUCUUCAAGAAACCGCGCGCAAAUUAGGCGGCAAGGUACCUGAGAUGAUCAUAGCUCCUAUCUAUGCCAAUCUUCCGACAGAGCUACAGACGAAGAUCUUCGAGCCAGCGCCACCGGGAGCCAGAAAAGUUGUGUUGGCUACGAACAUCGCCGAGACCAGUCUGACGAUUGACGGCAUUGUAUAUGUCAUUGAUCCAGGGUUCGUGAAAGAGAAUGUAUUCAACCCACGAACGGGAAUGGAAAGUCUAGUUGUGACACCAUGUUCGCGAGCAUCUGCUGGUCAACGAGCUGGUCGAGCCGGUCGCGUUGGUCCGGGCAAAUGUUUUCGACUAUAUACCAAAUGGGCAUAUCACAAUGAGUUGGAGGAGAGCACAACACCAGAGAUUCAACGUGUGAACUUGAGCGGUGUCAUUCUCAUGCUCAAGUCUUUGGGUAUUGAUCAACUGCUGGACUUUGAUUUCAUGGACGCACCACCUGCCGAAACAAUCAUUCGCGCGUUAGAACAGCUCUAUGCAUUAGGAGCGCUCAACGACCGGGGAGAACUCACAAAGAUUGGAAGGCAAAUGGCCGAGUUUCCCACAGAUCCAAUGCUGGCCAAGUCUAUAUUGGCUGCUGAUAAGUACGGUUGUGUUGAAGAAGUGCUGUCGAUUAUCGCUAUGCUCGGCGAAGCCAGCGCUCUAUUCUACCGACCCAAAGACAAGAAAAUUCACGCGGAUAGCGCCCGCGCGCGGUUUACCAUAAAAUCUGGGGGCGAUCAUCUCUCCUUGCUAAACGUGUGGAACCAAUGGGUUGAUUCUGAUUUCAGCUACGUCUGGGCCCGCGAGAACUUCCUGCAACAACGCAGUCUGACCCGCGCCCGCGAUGUACGCGAUCAACUGGCCAAACUGUGUGACCGGGUUGAGGUAUCCGUCACCUCAGCGGGAGCAAACAAUAUAGUGCCCAUCCAAAAGGCCAUUACAGCCGGAUUUUUCCCCAAUGCCGCACGCCUGCAACGCGGUGGUGACAGUUACCGCACCGUCAAGAACGGGCAAACGGUCUACUUGCAUCCGUCCAGCACGCUGUUUGAGGAAAACCCGAAAUGGGUCAUUUACUACGAGCUUGUGCUUACAAGUAAAGAGUAUAUGAGGGGUAAUAUGCCUUUACAGCCGGAAUGGCUGACAGAGGUUGCUCCGCAUUAUCACAAGAAGAAGGAUCUGGAGACGCUGGGACUGGAUAAGAAGGUGCCUAAGGGGGAGGGUGCGGCUGGGGAGAGAAGCAAAAUGUAA